AUGAAAGCGGACUGGGAUAUUGCUGUGAAUUUAAAUGGUAAACGUAUUGGGAUAGGGGUAAUUAUUCGGGAUUCCAAAGGUUUGGUUAUUGCUGCUCUAAGCCGAACUGUUGAUACAUGCCCAGCUCCGGUUAUUGCUGAAUCAAUGGGAGCUUUAUAUGCUUCGGAAUUCUGUUGUGAUCUGGGUGUGUUGGAUGUAAUAUUGAAAGGAGACUCAAUCCAAGUGGUUAAGGCUAUCAAUAAAAUGGGGGAUCAAUGUUCGAGGUAUGGCCAAGUUAUUGUGGAUGUGCAGAUGGUCCUCUCGAGUCUUCGAAGGUGGGAAGUUGUGCAUGCUAAAUGUGAGGCCAACUUUGCAGCACAUGGUUUGACUAAGAUAGCGGCUCAAGAAUUUACGAAAAAGAUAUGA